AUGUCCCGCAAGCCCAUCGAAAUUGACGGGCGGACCGGCGAAGGAGGCGGUCAAUUAGUCCGCGUCGCCAUAGCCCUCGCAGCAGUCACUACCCAACCAGUGCGCAUCACAAACGUAAGAGGGAAUCGUCCUUCGCGUGGCGGAGGUGGUAGUGGGAGGAGUAAGAAAGGCGGCAGCAGUCUCAAAGCCCAACACGUCACCGCAAUCCGGUGGCUAGCAGAAGCAACAGACGCAGAGGUAGAAGGCCUCUCCGUAGGCAGCAGCACCCUGACCUUCAUCCCCCGUCUCCCGCCCUCCGCCGCUCUAGUCAACAAGUCCCGCAAGAUCAAGAUCGUGGCGGACACGAGCGCGGCGAGCACACUCCUGAUUCUCCAGGCCAUCCUCCCAUUCCUUCUCUUCGCAGGCGGAGACGAAGCUAAACCAACCGAGCUCGAAGUUCAGGGCGGGACGAACGUAGACUUCUCGCUCUCGUACGAGUACCUCGACCAAGUUCUCCUCCCACGCCUGGAAUCUUCGUUCGAGGGCGUACGCGUCGACCGGAACGUGUUGAAGCGUGGGUGGAGUCGCGGACCCCAGACCCGGGGCUCCAUCGCGCUCACGAUUCACCCCCUAAAACCAGGCCAGCCGUUGCGUCAGGUCUCGCCCCCAGGAAAUCCAUACAAAGGCACGCCCUCAGACCUUCGCAAUGUAGUACACCGCAUAGACGUCACCAUGAUAGUUCCCUCUCACACGGAAACUCCCCUGCAAGAGACACUAACAAAAGACAUCACCCUCACCUUCCCUGACGCAGAGAUCAACUUCAAGUACUUUGAGGACUCACACAGCGAGAAGCAGGUAUACGCCCUACUCGUAGCCCGCGACGCCUCCGGGUCGUUAAGUUGGGGCAGCGACGAUUACGUAUCUGUGGCUUCGCACAGGCAGGGUAAACAUGGACCUGCGCCUGUGAGCUUGGCUUGCGUGGUGGAGCUCAGCCGCAGGGUCGUAUUCAAACUGGUCAAUGAGCUUCUGAUACCUGGGUCGACAGUGGACAAGCACUUACAGGAUCAGCUCAUCAUCUUCCAGGCUUUGGCGGAAGGGACAACGUCGUUCCCACAUGCUGCUGCGCCGAGCAGCGGUAGUGGCGAUGACCUGGAGGUUGCGAGUCAAGAUAUGGCGGAGUUGGAUCUAGGGGAGAGAAUGAGGAAGGAUAAGACGGAUAAGCCAUUCGGAUACGGCAGCUUGCAUGCUCAGACGGCGAGAUGGGUGGCGUCUGAGAUCUUGCCUGCGGUGGAAUGGUAUAACAAGGGGACGAUAUGCAAAGGGGUUGGAACGAGCUUCAGCUAA